AUGUUGUCAAAACAAGCUCUGCGGAAUUUGCCUUCAAGGUCGAAGGCAGCCGUCGUCGCGGUCAGAGCUCAACAAUCCGUGAUUCCUCGUCGACGUGACUUGGCAACUCCUGCUGCCAACCCACCGUCACCUAAUGAUAUUUUCGCUAAUGGCACCAAUGCUUAUUAUGCAGAGGAAAUGUACAGGCAUUGGAGGCAGGAUCCCAGCUCUGUGCAUGCUUCUUGGGAUGCCUAUUUCAAAGGACUUGACAAGGGUCUUCCUAGCUCUGUAGCUUUCCAACCUCCACCCAGCCUCGUAGCACCUCCUACCGAUGGUGCUCCAGCUUUGCAUGCUAGUGCUGGUGGUGCUGAACUUGAUGAUCAUCUCAAAGUUCAACUCCUCGUCCGAGCAUAUCAAGUUCGCGGACACCAUGUCGCUGAACUUGACCCUCUUGGUAUCUUGGAUGCUGAUCUCGGCAAUAUUCAGCCCCCAGAGCUCGAGCUCAGCCGAUAUGGCUUCACCGACCGUGAUUUGGACAAGGAAAUUACUCUCGGGCCUGGUAUUCUCCCUCAUUUUGCUACGGAGGAUAGAAAGACGAUGAAGUUGGGUGAAAUUAUCAAGUUGUGCAAGCGUAUCUACUGCGGUGCUGUCGGCAUUCAAUACAUCCACAUUCCCGACAAAGAUCAAUGCGAUUGGAUCCGUGAACGUGUCGAGAUUCCUAAACCCUGGAAUUACACCGUCGACGAGAAACGUAUGAUCCUCGACCGUCUCAUUUGGUCUGAAUCCUUCGAAAAGUUUAUCGCUUCGAAAUAUCCCAACGAGAAGCGUUUCGGCCUCGAGGGAUGUGAAUCUCUCAUUCCUGGUAUGAAAGCUCUUAUAGACCGUUCCGUCGAACAUGGUGUUUCCAAUAUCACCCUGGGUAUGCCUCACCGUGGUCGGCUCAACGUUCUCGCGAACGUCAUCAGAAAACCCAUUGAAGCUAUUCUGAAUGAAUUCAGCGGAGCAGAAGGUGAUGAACCCGCUGGAGACGUCAAAUACCAUCUUGGCGCCAAUUACGUUCGCCCGACGCCCUCAGGGAAAAAGGUCGCUCUCUCUCUUGUCGCCAACCCAUCUCACCUGGAAGCCGAAGAUCCUGUCGUUCUUGGAAAGACACGCGCUAUCCAGCACUUUGAGAAGGAUGAAAAGGCACAUAACACUGCAAUGGGUGUUUUACUCCAUGGUGAUGCUGCGUUUGCUGGUCAGGGAAUUGUUUACGAGACCAUGGGCAUGCAUAAUCUUCCCAACUAUGGAACUGGAGGAACCAUUCAUCUUAUCGUCAAUAACCAAGUUGGUUUCACCACUGAUCCUCGAUUCGCCCGUUCCACGCCUUACCCCUCAGACAUUGCCAAAUCUAUCGAUGCUCCCAUCUUCCACGUUAAUGGCGACAACGUCGAAGCUGUAACUUUCGUGUGCCAGCUCGCUGCGGAUUACAGAGCCAAGUAUAAGAAGGACGUUGUCAUUGACAUUGUUUGCUACAGACGAUAUGGACACAACGAAACCGACCAACCGAUGUUCACCCAACCUAGGAUGUACAAAGCCAUCGAGAAACAGCCUACAACCCUUACUCAGUACUCCAAAUUCCUCGUUGGAAGAGGAACUUUCACUGAAAAGGAUAUUGAGGAGCACAAGAAAUGGGUCUGGGGUAUGCUCGAGAAGGCCGCCGCUGGUGCGAAAGACUACGUACCUACCUCGAAGGAAUGGCUUUCCGCCUCCUGGCAGGGAUUCCCCUCGCCCAAGCAGCUCGCAGACCAGACUCUCCCGACCCGCGCUACCGGUUCCGACGAAGCCACCCUCCAACGCAUCGGUCGUGCCAUCUCCAGCUACCCCAACGGUUUUACUGUCCACCGCAAUCUCGGCCGUAUCCUCCAAACCCGUGGUAAGACUAUCGAAGAAGGCAAGAACAUCGACUGGUCGACCGCCGAAGCACUCGCAUUCGGUGCUCUCGCCCUCGAAAACAUCCACGUUCGUGUUUCCGGGCAGGACGUCGAGCGUGGCACCUUCUCCCAGCGUCACGCCGUCCUUCACGACCAGGCCAACGAAAAACAAUACGUCCCUCUAAACGACCUCGGCUCCUCCCAAGCUCGCUUCAUUAUCUGCAACUCAUCCCUGUCUGAAUACGGUACACUCGGAUUCGAACUCGGAUACUCUCUCGUUUCGCCCGACUGUCUGACCAUGUGGGAAGCUCAAUUUGGUGACUUUGCAAAUAACGCACAGUGUAUUAUCGAUCAGUUUAUUGCAAGUGGUGAGAGGAAGUGGUUGCAGAGGUCUGGGCUUGUUAUGAGUUUGCCGCAUGGUUAUGAUGGACAGGGUCCUGAGCAUUCAAGUGCAAGGCUUGAAAGGUUCUUGCAGCUCUGCGACGAUCAUCCCAACGUCUUCCCUAGCCAGGAGAAAAUCGAGAGACAACACCAAGAUUGUAAUAUGCAGGUUGUAUAUCCAACUACUCCGGCUAACUACUUCCACGUCCUUCGUCGUCAAAUUCACCGUGACUUCCGCAAGCCCCUCAUUAUAUUCUUUUCUAAAAAUCUUCUCCGUCACCCGAAAGCUCGCUCUGACCUUUCUGAAAUGGUUGGGGAUACGCACUUCCAACGAUAUCUGCCUGAGCCCCACACCGAAGAACUUGUCGCACCAGAGGAAAUCAAGCGACAUGUGUUGUGUAGUGGACAAGUUUACCACACUCUUCUCGCUGCUAGGGAAGAGAGAGGUAUCAAGGAUAUUGCAAUCAGUAGGAUCGAACAACUUUCGCCCUUCCCCUACGACAUGAUCACUCCUCAUUUGGACAAGUACCCCAACGCCGGACUACUUUGGUGCCAGGAAGAGCCUUUGAACAACGGCGCAUGGAGCUAUGUCGGGCCUCGUAUUUACACUGCCGCCCAACAAACCGAACAUCACAAGGGUAAAUACCCGAGGUAUGCUGGAAGAGAUCCUACCAGUUCUGUCGCUACUGGAUCGAAGGCUCAACACAAGAAGGAGAUUGAGAUGUUCCUCGAUGCCGCUUUUGACCUCUCUUCAUAG